GUUGAACGGAGACGAGCUUCCGAUCGGUUAGUAAUUUCUCAUUGCCUCAAGUCCGGCACAACAGACAAGGUUUGUAGGUCAUUCCGGCGAAGAAGCGACAAAAUAAAGAGUGAAAGUGCAAGAAAAUAAGUAAACAUGAAGUCUGUAUUGGCGUACAGUGUGUUAUUGCUGCUUCUAGUGUCAAUCGAAAAGAGCUGCGGACAGGACUUCAAGGGCGCCAUCGAUCAGUGCACGAAGGAAUUCGACAUGGAUAUGGAUAUAGUGAUCUCGUUGAAGUACGGCGAUUUCAGUGAACGCGAUCCAUUGAUAGAGUGCUUCACCGAGUGUCUUAUGAAACGGUCCGGAUUCAUGUUCGAUGACUUCACGUACAACAAAACACUCAUCAUCGGAUUUGCCGGACAUUACCUGGAACCGGAGGGGGCUCAAAAUGUUUACGACAAUUGCAUCGACAGAUUUGGAACGACGGUCUGCGUGACCGGGUUCGAGAUGUACCAGUGUAUACACGAGACGGCCGUUUCCGAAUGGGUGGAAAGUAAUUUCUAGGUUCCAGAAAAUGUGUGACGAACACGGUUGCGGCUUUGCGGCAGCAGCUAGAUGCGUUGAUUAAUCUUAUUUCUUAUUCCAUGUCACUGAUAAGACGAUAGUUUUUAUUUAUUUGAAUGGUUGUCUAAUUUAUUUAUUUAUUUACUAGAUUAGAAAAAAAAUACUCUAGCUCUAGAAAUGUUUCCGUUAGAAUAAGAGAACGCAAGAUUUCUAAGUGAGAAAGUUUAAAGCUUUAAUAGAAUAAAAUGUGUGA